GUGUUUUUGUAAUAAAAGGUUCUUUAAUUCUGCAAAUUCAUCAAUAAUAAUAGAAUCUCCAUCCAUAUCAAUAACAUACUCUCUCUCAAAGACAAUAGCUAAGCAAUCAACGAAAUUCAUCGAGCAUUUUGUUGCGCAAAUUAGUUUUCACGUAUUUCAUUGCUUAAAAUGUUCUCUCCAUGGUAGCCGUUGAAACGGGCAAGGUCAACACUAGACGAAUCAACCAACAAAUCAAUUUGUUUAGAGGGUUUUCUAUUUCAAUGAAACUUUAUACACUCUUUUACAUUUUCGACCUUUAGGUUUUAUUGUUUUUUUCCCCAAUGAAAAUCAUUCGGGCUAGAAUUCCUAGAGUAAAUUGAGGGUAAUGGUUUGCAUAUGUUCAUCUAGACAAUUUUUCUAACUACACAACAUUUAUUAUCAAAUAACACUCGACCAACCAUUAAAUAAUACUGGGCCGAAUACCUAAAAUCGAAAAUUUAUAAUCUCUAUACUACCUAUGGAUCCGGCAGAGGGCUGGGCCGUGGCCCGGGUUGGCCCAGCCCUAGAUCCGCCGAUGCAUUGUAGUCUGUAUGUGAGAAUUUCCCAAAGAUGGAGUACACUACUGAUGUUGCGAAUAUCUUUGAUAGGUUAGUUACGUGAUUUGAUAGGUUAGUUAACAUCUGGGGUUAGGCUACUAAUUUUCCCUCCAUAUUAACUAUCAGUGGUUGAACUUUCUGAUCAGUUGUUUGAAGUUACUUAAUUGUCAGUGGUUGAACUGAUUCACUCCAUAUUAAUUAGUUUAUAAACUGCUAUAAACCAAAUGAAAUGAUCAGACUGCUGUAUUAUCAUUAUCCCUCUCCUCCCCAAAUGCUCACAGUGACAACCUUUUGGAGGUGUAAGGACGGACCACGACCAGUGGCGGAUCUAAGGCAUUGCAGGGUGUGUCGUCCGACACACCCUCGUUCGAGAAUUUUACGAAGGACCUACAUAUUUUUGGUACAAUUUUUUUUACUUCGGGAUAGCCGACACACCCUCAAUAAUUAUAGCCGACACACCUUCAUUAUACUCAAAGAAAUUAUUAUCCAAAUGAAUCAAUCUUAAUCAUAAUCCUUUUUAAUUUUUUUUAAAAUAACUCAUAAAGCAUAAUCCUAUCCUUCCUAUUAAAAAAAAUACUCUUAGCCCAUACAAUAUACACGUGUGAUGAGUGUUGGGCCUGAGCCUUUAAUUAAAUGAGAAAAGAACCCACAGGCCAAAAGCCCAGUCGGCCACUAGCCCACUACCUCCCCAUUAUUAUUCCUUCCCUCCCCAUCCCCAAUUAAUGGCCCAAUCUCCCCAAUUAAUGGCCCAAUGCCAUAUUCCUUGUCCAUAUCUCAAUUCCCAGCAACUCAUCCCCAUUAUUCCCCCUGGUUCCCUCUUCUCUCGCUCGCAAAAAACCCCAGAACCCCAGACGAACAAAAAACCCAGACAUAGGCAGAACGGGCAAGUCGGCACGGCAACCCAUCUCGGCCUCGGCGGACACCCUUCACCGGCGGGCAGCGCGGCGGCGGCAACUCCUCGUAGCCGGUCAAGUGGGCACUUCUUGUAGCUGGCCAAAUGUAAGUAAUUUUACUGUUAUGAACCCUAAAUUGCAAAGUUUAGGGGUUUUUCUUGUUUUCCCAUUUAACCCAAAUUUUAUUUGUCAAUUUGUAAUUCAUGGAUGAAUUGAAUAGAUUUGUUUAUAAGCUAAUUUAUGUUGUACUCUGUAUCCAGACAUGGAGAGAUUUUACCCAAAGGUCCCAAAGAAAGCAAAAACUACUCUACAUAUUAACAAUUUAGGAGGUGAAUCAAGUAAAAUGAAUCAUGAUGAUUCUCAAUCUUCCUCGCCAUCGAUUAAUCAAACAAGUGGCAUCUCAAGUAAGUUUUCUUCAUUUCCUGAAGAACAUGAGAAUGAUGAUGUUGGUGAGCAUUUUCAGUUAUGAAGAUAAUCAAGAACGAUCUUCGAAAUCGGUUGAGUGACCAAUUUAUGAAUGAUUGUUUAGUUGUGUAUAUUGAAAAAGAUUUGCUUUGCAGCAUAAGUGAUGAAUGUAUUUUAGAGACAUUUCAGCAGAUGAAAAGUCGUCGCGGUUCGUUGUAAACAUGACAUUGUGAACUUUAUGAAUUAAUUUCUUUUAAUUUUAACUUAAUUUUUAAUUUAAUUUAAUUAUAAUUUUAUUUUAUCAGCGACACACCUCUCCGACAAUCCUGGGUCCGCCACUAACCACGACUUCUAGUUUGGUUUGGCUAUAUGAAGUAACUAGUGUUGUACACAAUUCUUCCACCCAAGGAGAUUAGCUACACGUAUCCGUUCUUGAAUUAAUGGUUUGACGUAAGUUGUACGUCUUUAGGACGGCCAUGCAUAUAUAAACGUACGUGCAUGGGGAUUUGGAAAUGCACAUUACAAACAGUACCGAUCGACGUCAAGAGAAACCCUUUGAAUCUCUCUGCUGCAUCGUUACUUACUAAACUAAAUUCCUAAUCUUCCUCUCCACAACACCAAAUUGGAAUAUCACCAGCCACUAUUAAUCAGUUCCAUUUACUGUUCGUUGCGGAUCUGAAGCUUUAUGGCGACCAGAGUCGACGAUGAUGGCCGCCCAAUGCGAACUGGGACUUGGGUGACGGCGAGCGCCCACAUCAUUACAGCGGUAAUUGGAUCAGGCGUUCUAUCCCUGGCUUGGGCUAUCGCCCAGCUGGGUUGGGUGGCCGGACCGGCCACUCUCAUCAUCUUCUCCCUCGUAACCCUUUUCACCUCCACCCUCCUCGCCGACGCCUACCGCCACCUGGACCCGGUCACCGGCCAGCGCAACUACACCUACAUGGACGCGGUCCGGACCCAUUUAGGUGGGGUCAAGGUCCGGCUUUGCGGCCUGGCCCAGUACGCGAACUUGGUGGGCGUCACCGUCGGUUACACCAUCACCGCGUCCAUAUGCAUGGGGUCGGUUCGGAGAAACAAGUGUCUCCACGCGGAGGACAACUGCCACGUGUCCACGACGAUCUACAUGAUCAUCUUUUGCUGCAUCCAGCUGAUCCUUUGCCAGGUCCCCAACUUCCACAAGCUGUCGUGGAUCUCCAUCCUCGCCGCCGUCAUGUCAAUCACCUAUUCCUUUAUUGGAUUGGGUCUCUCCGUAGCCAAAGUUGCUGCAGGAGCUGAGGCGACAACGACGUGGCCGACGGUGUCAGAGGCGCAGAGGUUGUGGAAAAUUUUCCAAGCAAUUGGCAACAUUGCCUUUGCGUAUGCCUACUCCACCGUCCUCAUCGAGAUUCAGGACACCCUGAAAUCGAGCCCGGCCGAGAACAAGACAAUGAAGCGGGCGAGUUUUGUGGGCAUCUCAACUACCACAAUUUUCUACCUGCUCUGCGGCUGUGUGGGCUACGCGGCGUUUGGAGAAGACGCGCCGGGCGAUUUACUCUCCGGAUUCCAUCAAUCGUUGUGGCUACUCAUCGUAGCAAACGUCAGCGUGGCUAUCCACCUCAUCGGCGCCUACCAAGUGUUUGCGCAGCCGAUUUUUAGCUUGGUGGAGUCCAGCUGUCGUCAGAGGUGGCCAGAGGUCAAGUUCGUGACCGCCGACCACCAGAUUACCAUUCCGUUUCUGGGCGGUACUGGCUUCCACGUCAACUGUUUCAGAUUGGUUUGGCGGUCUGCUUACGUGGCCGUGACCACAGUCUUGGCUAUGCUCCUCCCUUUCUUCAACGUAUUUAUGGCCCUUAUCGGAGCAGCAUCAUUUUGGCCUCUGACGGUCUACUUUGCGAUCGAGAUGUACAUCGCCCGAGCGAAGCUUCCAAAAUUCUCCUUCUCCUGGAUGGGCCUACAAGCCUUGAGCAUGGCCUGUCUGCUUGUUUCACUCGUCGCAGCUGCUGGAUCAGUGGAAGGCCUGAUCCAAUCACUCAAAGUGUAUCAUCCUUUUAAGAAUUAAGUACAAUUAAUUAACAAAAGCUAAGUACGUGGUAGUAUUGAAUUUGUUCUAUCGAGUAUCGACCACCAAUUUUGGCCGAUUGCAUUUUGCACCGCAUCCAUAGCUUUUCUCUCCGCUAAAGGAAACACCCCCUAUCAAGAGAAACAAACUAGUCAUUCUCUAGCUUUCUACAAAUAUCUCUGAGGUCGGUCAAUUCAAGCUUAGCUCCACAAAAUUAUCACAUUCUAUCUUUCCUGGUCAUAAAUCCCCCACAAAAAACUCCAAUCUUCAGGGUGUUGAAUGGUAAUUUGCAAUAGUAAUUAUCAUCACCACUCUAUGCCCCAUUGCCAUAAAUUCAAGGAGACAUAUACAUUAUCUCAUGGGUUGAAACUAUCCAUCAAAUUAUGGAAGCCAACAAGUCCACAUGGUGAGGAGAAGCUUGAACAACUAAAUAAUAGUGAUGAUCUGUAGUAGACAUGCCAUAUGGAAAUGAAAGAAUCAAUUAUGAUGAAGGUAUCCUUACGCAACUUGAUAAAAUAAUGGUUAGUGUAAAAUAAUGCAUGGGCCAUGUAAUUGUAUUUUCUAUUUCUAUAUAUGUUGUACGUAUGGAAGAAGAAUGCAGUGCAGUGAGUGUGAGAAAGAGAGCUUGUAAGAAUAAACAAAGAAAAGAAAGAAGCUAAGCUUCUGUACGUGUAAGGCAAGAGCCAAAUGAAUAAGGCCUUGUUUGUUUCUUGAGUGUUUACUAAAAAGAGUGAUUAAACACUAAUUGUUUCCUUUGUAUUGAUCCAAGAUUACUACUAAUUCCGCUAAUACCCAACACGUACAGGAGACCAUCACAAAUAAGGAAUUCUGCAAAACGCUCAGCAAUCUUGCCCUUUCACAAAGAAUGGGACUGACCCUAUUUACGGUGUACACUUUCCUCUAGAGAUGAGAUGCAGCUUGGGAGAGGUUCAAUUAUGGAUUCAUCACAACGAAUGUUGUAGUACACUGUUUUACUUGUUCAAUGUCACUGCAAAUGGUAAAUAAGUUGUCAUGCUGCUCUAGGGGACUUGUAAAGUUGCCCGAUAUUCAAAGACUUGACUGGAUGGUCUAUAUAUAUGGUCUUGCAGGUCUGCAAUGGAAGAGACAUUACCCAGAGUUUCACUACAAAAUUAGAACGUAUUGAGGACAAAGAUUAGGGACCAGUAUUUAAAAUUGUCCACGGAGUUAUUAACUUUAAAGGUAUUAAGGACAAGCCCAUGAAAUCGUCCUCACAGCACCGGAGUUAGAUGUUUCAAUAUUGUGGGCCUAUCUCAAGUCGUCUCUGGAAACUUAUGUAAGGUGGGACUUAAUUUGGGUCAUUCCUUCCGAGGCUUUCACCAUUUUUGUUUUCAAUCAACAACAUAAGUCCAAUUAGGCACAUGGGACUGUAGUGACAUUGAGGGCAGCCGCCGGCCGCAAGGUAUGCUCGAGCUCUCCCUUCUCAUGGUGUCGUGGUUUGCGUUCAUCAUCACCGUCUAUUCCUACAAAAUCCCUAACCCAACUGAUUUCUCUAUCUCGAUCAUUCUGUAUCACUUUGAUCCGUCUCAUUUUGAUUAUUGUUUAUGAACUAGGGUUUAUUCCACACACCCAAGUUUUAUGUAUGCCAUCAGUAAUCCACGAUUAUAUUCUUUUGCUUUAUUUGAAUGAAGAUCCUGUUUUCCUUAAGUUACUCAAUUGAUUGUCGUUCAUACAAGGGUUUGGGGCUAGUUAUCCGUCUAAAAAAAGGAGCAUAAUAUAUGCCAAAAAAAGCGUAGAUAGCUUCAAAAAAAGGAGUGCCAGGAAUGUGAUUCAUUCCUCGAUCUUGACCAAGCCGCAUGUCCUUGUUGAUUGGUAACCGGGAGGUUUAGUUGAAAAUCUCUGCUUUCUACUCUAGGAAGUAUCUACAGGCUGUAUUGAUAAAUAAAUUAAGGAUUCACAU